AUGUUUUCGCUGGUUUUGCUGGUCUUGUCUCUUUUGACAUUGGCGUGGUUUUAUCUGAAACGCCAUUAUGCCUUCUGGGAGCAACGAGGAUUUCCAUACGACAGCCACUCCGGGAUUCCAUUCGGAUGUCUGGACAGCGUCUGGAGGCAGGAGAAGAGCAUGGGCCUGGCCAUCUACGACGCCUAUCUGAAGAGCAAAGAGCGCGUCUUGGGCAUUUACUUGCUCUUCCGUCCGGCUGUUUUGGUCCGCGAUGCCGAAUUGGCUCGUCGAGUGCUCGCCCAGGAUUUCGCCAGUUUCCACGAUCGCGGGGUCUACGUCGAUGAGCAGAAGGAUCCGCUGUCGGCCAGCAUAUUUGCCCUACGAGGUCAGAGCUGGCGGUCCAUGAGGCACAUGCUGUCGCCUUGUUUCACCUCCGGCAAGUUAAAGGCCAUGUUCGGCACCUCCGAGGAUAUUGGCGACAAAAUGGUGGCUCACCUCCAGAAGAAGCUGCCGGAAAAGGAUUUCGAGGAGGUGGAUCUGAAGAAGGUGAUGCAAGACUAUGCCAUCGACAUUAUUGCCUCGACUAUCUUUGGCCUGGACGUGAACAGCUUCGAGAAUCCGGACAACAAAUUCCGAAAACUGGUGUCGAUUGCAAGGGCUAACAACAGGUUUAAUGCCUUGUUCGGCAUGAUGAUCUUCCUGGUGCCCUCAAUUGCACAGUUUCUGUUCCGAAUUGGUUUCAAGAACCCAGUUGGUCUGGCCAUGCUGGAGAUUGUCAAGGAAACCGUUGAGCACCGAGAGAAGAACGGAAUUGUGCGCAAGGAUCUGCUGCAGUUGCUCAUCCAGCUGAGGAACACGGGCAAGAUCGAGGAGAAUGAUGAGAAAUCCUUUAGCAUUCAAAAAACACCCGAUGGUCAUAUUAAGGCCAUUUCUUUGGAGACCAUCACCGCCCAGGCUUUUAUAUUCUACAUAGCUGGUCAGGAAACCACUGGAUCGACUGCAGCCUUUACCAUCUAUGAGUUGGCCCAAUAUCCAGAGUUGCUGAAGCGCCUGCAGGAUGAAGUGGAUGAGACUCUGGCCAAGAACGACGGAAAAAUCACGUACGAUGCCCUGCACAAGAUGGAGUUCUUGGAGCUUUGCUUCCAGGAAACAAUCCGUAAAUAUCCGGGCCUUCCUAUCCUGAACCGCGAAUGCACUCAGGACUACACUGUACCGGAUACCAACCAUGUGAUUCCGAAGGGAACCCCAGUUGUGAUCUCCUUAUAUGGCAUUCACCACGAUGCCGAGUACUUCCCGGAUCCCGAGACAUAUGAUCCCGAUCGUUUUUCGGAGGAGAGUCGCAACUACAAUCCCACUGCCUUUAUGCCGUUUGGCGAGGGUCCCAGGAUUUGCAUUGCCCAGCGAAUGGGUCGCGUUAAUGCCAAACUGGCGAUCAUUAAAAUCCUUCAGAACUUCAACGUUGAGGUGAUGAGCAAACGCCAAAUAGAGUUCGAGAAUAGCGGCAUUGCCCUGAUGCCCAAACACGGAGUGCGAGUUCGUUUGUCCAAAAGAGUGCCCAAAUUACCCUGAAGUUUUCGCAAUGAUGAAAUACAUUAGUUAAGUGGCACUAAAUUCACUUUGAUUAUUUUGGAUUAUAAUAAAUUGCUAAGUGCUAUUAUCGCCUAUAUGAUAAAAGAUAACCUCCAAAAA